AAAAUCGUUUGAAUAAAAUCACCGAAGCCGCUCCGUGACCCGUCGACCUUGUUUCGUCCAAAAUGCAAACGCUAGGUAUAUAAACCAAACCUAACGUAUGCAACGUAUCAGUUGAAUCAAAAAAUCAUUACAACAUGUUCUCCAAAAUCGUUGCCCUGAGCGCAGUGUUGGCGGUGUCCGCAGCUGGUCUGCUGCCCGCGGCACACUACUCCCCAGCUGGAGCUGUCUCCUCCCAGAGCAUCGUACGCCACGACGAGGCUCAACGCGUCUCUCACGUCGCUGCGCCAGUACACUACGCCGCCGCCCCCGUCCAAUACGCCGCCGCUCCCGUCCACUACGCUGCUCCCGUCGCCAAAGUGAUCGCUCCCGUCCAGAAAGUCCUUGUCUCCGCCCAGGCUGAAGAAUACGCUCACCCCAAAUACGACUUCUCUUACUCCGUGGCUGACGGACACACCGGCGACAACAAGUCCCAGCAGGAGUCCCGCGACGGUGACGCCGUGCACGGCGAGUACUCGCUGGUGGAGGCUGACGGCUCCGUGCGCCGCGUGCAGUACACCGCCGACGACCACAACGGCUUCAACGCGGUGGUCUCCAACUCCGCCCCCGCUCACGCCCCAGUCGCGCACGCCGUGCACGCCGCCCCCGUCCUCCUCGCUCACCACUAAGUGUGCAUCUAGUCUUAACGAAUUGAUGAUGUAGAAAUUAUUUAUAUUAUUUAGUAAGAAAAUAAAUCAAGCAAAUUGUUAAAAUA